AUGUUAAGGAAAUAUAUAAUAUUAAUAUAUAUCGGUGUAAUUCUAAAUUUCAUAAAUAAAAAUAAUGUAGGGUCUGUUCCAGAGCCCUUUUCAUUACAAAAUGAAGAUUCUAUAAAAGAAGGAAAAUAUACAUAUACGGAUAAUUUGCUUUGGGGAGAAUCAAAUAUAAAUACACCUCAAACACUAUCACAAGAAAAUGAAGUAAUAAAUAACGAAACAAUAGAUACAAUAAUAGAAUUGGAUUCUUAUUUUCCAGGUACCAUAAAUGAGGAAUUUCCUCAUAGUAUUCAAAUAACCAAUGAAGAAAAUAAAGAAGAUAAACAAAAUAAAGAAGAUGAACUAAAUAAUGAAGAUAAGCAAAAUAAAGAAGAUGAACUAUAUAAUGAAGAUAAACCAAAUAAAGAAGAUGGACUAAAUAAUGAAGAUAAACCAAAUAAAGAAGAUGAAUUAAAUAAAGAAGAUAAACCAAAUAAAGAAGAUGAAUUAAAUAAAGAAGAUAAACCAAAUAAUGAAGAUAAACCAAAUAAUGAAGAUAAACCAAAUAAUGAAGAUAAACCAAAUAAUGAAGAUAAACCAAAUAAUGAAGAUAAACCAAAUAAUGAAGAUAAACCAAAUAAAGAAGAUGAACUAAAUAAUGAAGAUAAACCAAAUAAUGAAGAUAAACCAAAUAAUGAAGAUAAACCAAGUAAUGAAGAUAAACCAAAUAAUGAAGAUAAACCAAAUAAAGAACAUGAACUAAAUAAUGAAGAUAAACAAAAUAAAGAACAUGAACCAAAUAAAGAAAAUGAACCAAAUAAACCAAGCACACAUAAAAUAAAUAUAGAAAGUAAUACAUUAUCUGGAAAAAAUGAACGACAUAAUAAAAAUAUCCCCAAAUCAUUACAAAAAACAACAAAAUCUGUCAAACAAGAAAAUAAUAACUUUACACGUAGAUAUCCAGAAGUAGCGAAAAUAGAUUUUGGUCCCAUAACAAAAGUAUUGGAUGAAGAAAGUGAUUAUAGUAGUGAUGAUUUAGAAGAUCAACUAUAUUAUGGUUAUGAAGGAUUAGAACAUGAGAUGAAUGAAACAGAUUUUCAUAUAGAAGGUCUAUCAGCAUAUGGUGAUAUUAUGUAUGAUAUAAAUGAUGUGGAUAAAGAACUUGAUAUAAACGAAGAAAAAAAAACUACAAACACUACGGACAAGAACAAAAAAAAGAGAAAUAAGAAAUCUUCUAGAAAAAGAAGAACGAAACAAAAUAAUAAAUAUAAGAAGGAAGACGAAAAUAUAGAAAUUCAUAUACCUCAAAGAAUUUAUAAACAAGAAAAAAUCGAGAUAUUAGAUAAAAAUGAAAAAGAAAUAAAAUACCAUAAUAAUGUUAAAGAAGAACAGGAAGUAAAGGAACAAGAAAAGGAAGUAAAGGAACAAGAAAAGGAAGUAAAGGAACAAGAACAUGAAGUAAAGGAACAAGAACAUGAAGUAAAGGAACAAGAACAUGAAGUAAAGGAACAAGAACAUGAAGUAAAGGAACAAGAACAUGAAGUAAAGGAACAAGAACAUGAAGUAAAGGAACAAGAACAUGAAGUAAAGGAACAAGAACAUGAAGUAAAGGAACAAGAACAUGAAGUAAAGGAACAAGAAAAGGAAGUAAAGGAACAAGAACAUGAAGUAAAGGAACAAGAAAAGGAAGUAAAGGAACAAGAAAAGGAAGUAAAGGAACAAGAAAAGGAAGUAAAGGAACAAGAAACGGAAGUAAAGGAACAAGAAACGGAAGUAAAGGAACAAGAAACGGAAGUAAAGGAACAAGAAAAGGAAGUAAAGGAACAAGAAAAGGAAGUAAAGGAACAAGAAAAGGAAGUAAAGGAACAAGAAAAGGAAGUAAAGGAACAAGAAAAGGAAGUAAAGGAACAAGAAAAGGAAGUAAAGGAACAAGAAAAGGAAGUAAAGGAACAAGAAAAGGAAGUAAAGGAACAAGAAAAGGAUGUGAAAGAACAAGAAAAGGAUGUGAAAGAACAAGAAAAGGAUGUGAAAGAACAAGAAAAGGAUGUGAAAGAACAAGAAAAGGAUGUGAAAGAACAAGAAAAAGGGGGAAUAAAAAAAACAGAUAUUACUAAAAUAACAGAAAUAAAAAUUGGGAAAGAAAAGAAAGACGACGAAGAAGAAGACGAUGAGGGAACAGAUGAUGAAGACGACGAAGAAGGAACAGAUGAUGAAGACGACGAAGAGGGAACAGAUAAUGAAGACGACGAAGAUGAAACAGAUGAUGAAGACGACAAUGAGGGAACAGAUGAUGAAGAAGGCGAAGAGGGAACAGAUGAUGAAAACGACGAAGAAGAAACUGAAGUAGACGAAAAAGAAGAAACAGAAGUAAACAAAAAAGAAGAAACAGAAGUAAACAAAAAAGAAGAAACUGAAGUAGAUGAAAAAAAAGAAACAGAAAAAGACGAAGAAAUAACAGAAGAAGAUGAAGAAGAAACCGAAGAAGAUGAAGAAGAAACCGAAGAAGAUGAAGACGAAACAGAAGAAGAUGAAGAAGAAACAGAAGAAGAUGAAGACGAAACAGAAGAAGACGAAGAAGAAGGAGAAGAAGAAGACGAAGAAGAAACAGAAGACGAAGAAGAUGACAAAAAAGAGGAAGAAGAAGUAAAAGAAGACGACAAAAAAGAGGAAGAUGAAAAGAAAACAAAAGAAAGAAAAAAAAAAAGAAAACAGAAACAAAAAAAUGAUAAGCAUGAAGGAAGAAGAAAAAAUAAAAUGAAACAUGAUGACUAUGAUGAAUGUUUGAAAACGCAAAAUUAUUAUCCACGUGAUAUGGCAUUUGAACAACAACAAUAUUUCCCACAUAAUAUUCCAUUAGAACAACCAUAUCAUCACCCACAUCAUACUAUAAAUCACCAACAAAAUCAUCAUACACAUCAUACUAUAAAUCACCAACAAAAUCAUCACACACAUCAUACUAUAAAUCACCAACAAAAUCAUCACCCACAUCAUAUUAUGAAUCACCAACAAAAUCAUCACCCACAUCAUAUUAUGAAUCACCAACAAAAUCAUCACCCACAUCAUAUUAUGAAUCACCAACAAAAUCAUCACCCACAUCAUAUUAUGAAUCACCAACAAAACCAUCACCUACAUCAUAUAAUAAAUCACCAACAAAACCAUCACCCACAUCAUAUAAUAAAUCACCAACAAAAUAACCACCCACAUCAUAUUAUAAAUCAACAACAGAAUCAUCACGCACAUCAUAUUAUAAAUCACCAACAAAAUAACCACCCACAUCAUAUUAUAAAUCACCAACAAAAUCAUCACACACAUCAUACUAUAAAUCACCAACAAAAUCAUCACCCACAUCAUAUUAUGAAUCACCAACAAAAUCAUCACCCACAUCAUAUUAUAAAUGAACAACAAAAUAACCACCCACAUCAUAUUAUAAAUGAACAACAAAAUAACCACCCACAUCAUAUUAUAAAUGAACAACAAAAUAACCACCCACAUCAUAUUAUAAAUGAACAACAAAAUCAUCACCCACAUCAUAUCAUAAAUGAAGAAAAAAAUCCUAAUCAACGUCGUAAAUCAAAGAAACAACCAUAUGAUCAUGUUAAUUACACCUCAAGACAGGAUCAUGGACCUCAAAAUAAUAGCGUUGUAAAAGAACAUGAAGGUAAUAUUCAUGACAUGGCAAAUGGACAAUACGAAUCACAAGAUAUGAAUAAGAAUAAAAAAAAACAUAAGAAUUGUAAAAAUCGAAAAUCUAGAAAAGAAAAAAAACGUCCUAUAAAUGAUAAUUCAUCAGGAGAAUCGAUUAAACAUGUAUAUAAUAAAUGGCCUCAAAAACCUGGCCGUCAUACAAAUAAUGCUUCAUUCGAAAAACAAAAUAGUCAUGAAUAUAAUGUGAAUAUACAAGAUGGACAGGUGCCUGUAUAUUUUAAAUAUGAAGAUAUGUUAAGAGUAGAUAAAUCAUUUUUUACAACUGUCAAUAACAUUUGUGAAAUCGAAUUUAUUUCUACAAAAAAUUAUUUAAUGACAAUAAUUGAUAACGACGAAUCAAAACAUAAUUCUUUAAAUGAUAAUGAUGCAAUAUUAAAAGAAAUAAAUAAAACUCAAAAUAAUUUUAUUAAUUUUCAAUUACCAUUAGAAAUUACAGUACCAAUGGCUCUUCGUAUAAGUGAACGUUUACGUGCCUUUAUUUUUGAUAAAGAUUUAACACCCUAUUAUAUAAAACAAUUAACAGAUAUAUUUGAAUUAGAAAAAGACGCAUCAAAAAUUUAUUAUUAUUAUCUUAAAUGUCAAAAUACGUCUGAAGAUAAAAAAGGUUUAUUUAAAAAUUUAGAUUCAAUAAAAUUAUGCUAUGAUUCACAAAUUGAUAAAAAUUUUGUUUAUAUACCCAAAGAUAAAAUACCUGGAGCUUUAUCCCGUAUAUCCAACUUCGUUAAUGAUUUACUUUUUUUACUUCCAGAAUUUAGUUAA